GUUGUUGAUAGGUAAUUGAUAGGUGGAGGGAAACUCAUCUAGGACGCAUUCAGGAUGGUGUGAUAUCAGUUCGGGGUCAUGAGUGUGGAGUGGACCUUGAAACAUUCCAUACUUUGAUACCACUCCCGAAGCUUGAUAUACUCUGAGCAUAUGUUCAUUCUCGGGUAUUAACAUCAGGCUUUAUCAUUGUUUCGUGAAUCUGUCCGCCAUGGUCCACGUCGAGGAAUCUCUACAACUCCCCAGAGAUUUCGAAGGUUUUGGUGAAGAUGGCCAUGACGCACAGUGGCCAAACGGUGCCCGCAUUGCAGUCUCCUUCGUGUUGAACUACGAGGAAGGCGGCGAGCGCAACCCACUGGAUGGCGAUGGCACCAGCGAACCCUACCUGUGGGAGAAAGGUCCUUCUGGCGGCGGUAGAGAACAGCGGCACUUGAACGGCGAGCAAGACUACGAGUAUGGCAGUCGUUGCGGUGCUUGGCGGAUACUUCGCCUCAUGAAGGAAUUCGGCUGGAACAUGACUCUUUGGGCCAUCGCUGUGGCCAUGGAGAGAAACCCAACGUUCGCGAAGGCAUGUGUAAGAGAAGGCCAUGAGAUUGGUGCCCACGGGUAUAGAUGGCUUGAUAUUUGGGAUUAUUCGCUUGAGGACGACAAAGCUUAUAUCAAGCAGACCUGUAAAGCUCUGGAGGCCGCAACUGGCGAAUUUCCAGUAGGAGCGUACUUUGGUAGAGGAACCCCAAAUACCGCUAGCCUGCUUCCAAUAAUGUGGAAGGAGAUGGGCCAUAAGAUGCUGUACACUUCGGAAGUGUACAACGAAGACUCGCCAUACUGGAUUGAUCUGCCAUGGGAGAAAGAACUGCCUGACAUGGAGAAGGAAGGCCUAUUGAUGAUGCCGUACAACUACGAUUGUAACGAUGGAAAGUUCCACAUGCUUCCAGGCUUUGUAAGCUCAGCUGGUGCUGUCUAUGAGCAGUAUCUCAAAGAUACGUUCGACUGCUUGUAUAGAGAAGGCGGUAAAAUGAUGACGAUUCCUCUGCACUCCCGAAUAGCUGGUAAGCCAGGAAGAUCGGAGAGUCUGAGAAACUUUAUGAAGUAUAUCUCUGAGAAGGAAGGCGUUUGGGUCGCGACCCGCAGAGAUAUUGCAAAUCACUAUCGCCAGACUUUUCCGUACAAGCCCGGAUCGAAGACAGGUGGUUCGUAGAACUUAGCACGAGCGCGUCAAUGAUAUUGAAUUUAAU